AUAACACACUGAUCCUUCCGACUGUUUGUUCAACAAUUCGUAUAAAUAUUUUAUGUGUUGUUUAAUCGUUACUUUCUUCAAUGAUAUAAUGAGUGACUUGAAGCUUCUUCGCACAGUUAUUGGGAAGUGAAAUUUACGAUCUAGUCUUGAACAGAACGGAUAAUGUUAAUUUCUUUUUGUUCACAAGUGGGUCCUUGAAGUCUCCUUGGCUACUGAACUGCAUGGGGUACCCAGAAGGCCACCCAGUGCUUAUGAUAACGUAAAACGUCAUUAAAGGGGGACUGUUUGAACAAUUGGAUAUUGUGUAUCGAUGAAAAGGACCAAAAUUAAUACUAGGUGUAUUCGUUAAAUAAGAAGCUAGCGUCGCGCGGAAGUCGUAUCUGCAACAAUAAAGAGACAGUCAUCGUAUCAGCUGAUUCCAAAUCAAAAUUAAGCCGCACGAGGCAAGGCAUACACUGAAAACUACUUAAUUGGAAUGGAAGGAUGGAUGGGAAAGUCAAAUCUCCUCAUCCUUCAGGUAUUCCAAUCCCACGUCAAAUUCGAAGAAGUGCUUCUCAACCCAUUCCACCAAGAUUGUCUAGGAGGGACCAGUAUCAGGGUCAAUUGCAGGAGGGGAGGGGUCAGCAAUGGGAGAAUGGCUUUGUCAGUCAGGGCAGGACUCCAUCAGGGAAAUGGCUAGCCAAUACAGACAAGAGGCUGCUGCAGUCCUCUGAAGGACUAGGUCAAGUAAAAGUCCGGAAAGGAAAACCUUCAGAUGGCAAUGUCUUGCAGCAGUCAAAAUCAUGUGAUAAACUGAUGACAAGGCAACCCCAGACAGUAACAGAGACAGAGAAUGAAAAUCAAAAUGAAGGAAGGUUUUGUACAGAGAAUGUCUCUGUAAAGGCCGCUGUAUGCAUGUUUGGUGGCGAGGCCAAAAUACGGAAACUGCCAACUCCAGACAGGACAUUUAAGAAGGAUGCUGCAGAGAGAGCAACUUCACCAUUCACAGACAGAAAAGACAAUAGGGAUGAGACAUCGGAUGUAAAAGAGGCUGAUGUGAAGGACAAAGCAAGUGAUAUGGAUUACACAAUCAGGGGCACAAUUUCACCUCUGCCUGGCAUUCACAAAAGUCAAGAAGACAAGGGGGCCGAAAGUCAAAUUUCUUUUGUUUUUGGUCGACCUUUGUCUCCAGAAAGUAGAUGUGUGUCACCGCCCUACGACAACAAAAUACCAGCAGUCGGGCGAAAAUGUGCUAACCCUGCGAGAUACAGGGGUCGGAAUGGUAAGCCACCAAUUUAUAUACCUCCUAGUAAGUCUGCCAAAGUGCCUUACCUAGCCAUGCUAGGGAUGAAUGGGAACCAGGGCCUACGGUGUUGUGACCAGUGUGUGGCCUGUCUGGUGGAUCUCAAACAACAAGCUCUUUACCUGAUGAAUAUGGAGGAUCCCCAGAGGAAGGCUGUGUCAAAGAAUUUCCAUGUUGAGAAGAUAGGAGAGCAAUUACAGAUCCCAGACACCUGCAAGCAAUUUCAGCAGGGCCUCUGUAAUGUGUGUGACACAUCUACUGUCCAGCUGAAGCGAGAGGUGGUGGCAAUGGUCCAGAGUAUCCAUCAGGCACAGACCGAGUCGCCUGUACAUCCUAGUCAUGUCUUCCGUCAGCAGUCCAGCAACAGAUCAUUGAAGCAAAAGACGAAAGGAGGCCCAGCAUCAUCCGGGACAGGUGGCCUCAACAAUGUAUAUUUGGAGCAGCAGCAUCAGAAGAACUACCACUAUAGAGUCAGUCAGAUGCUGACACACCAGCGAACCAGUGCAACAGGAGCAAAGUCUGUCCCUGAAAACUUAGCUCAGGUUAUGGAAAAUUCCAUGAUGUACCCUGGAUCACCACACUCAGUGAAUGCUAACCAAACACGGCAACAAAGUAUGCAAUCAAACAGUUUACAAGACAUGGAAGCUGGACAAUAUUCUAUGCAAGCAGGAAUUAACCCAUAUAUGCAGCAGCACUCUCGUGGUUUGAUGUACCCACAAAAUUAUCUGAGUCAUGGCCAGUCAUAUAGUGUUCACCCUGUGACUCCAGGUUCCCCUUACAGGGAUACAGGAACUCCAUUUCAUAUCAACCAGUCCAAUGCAGGGUAUUCAGAUCCACUGCAAAGUGCUCAGUAUUCUCAUUUACAGUAUUCUAUGUCAGGAACAAAUUACAUUUCACCAUUGAAUUAUUCUGUGCCUUCUCCUAUGUCUCCUGUCCCCCACCACUCCAGAGCGAUGUCUCCACCACAAGCCAUGUCACCACCCCAUGCCAUGUCUCCCCCUCCUUUCUCCAGAGUGUCCUCCCCUGGAUCUGUGUCCAGCCAGCAGUCUGCAGCAGCCUCUUUUUUUGCAAGGGCUGCACAAAAACUAGGAAAGAAAAAGAAGAAGCACCACCAACAGGAGCCAGAUUUACCACAGUACACCACCAAAUACAAUGAGGUUCUGAAGAACUCCCCACCCCCUGCCCCACCAUGUCUUCUGAGGGCAGCAGGACGACUGCAACAACCUGGAAUUGGAAAGGUGAAGGUCAUGUUGAAGAUUUGUUCUGAAGGACAAGCACAGUCCUGUUUAUCCAUUGACCCUAGAAAGAAACAGGUCACAGUCUUUGACCCUUCUACUGUUGGGGUCACAACAUCAUCUCAUCGUAGAACUACACCAACAGCCCCAAAAAUGUUUGCCUUUGAUGCAGUUUUUUCACCUGAUGACUCGCAGACGGAGAUUUGCUCCAGCAGCCUGACAGACAUUAUUCAAGGUGUUGUCAAUGGGGCUGACGGCUGUCUCUUCUCCUAUGGAUAUUCCAGACAUGGUAAAUCCCAUACUAUGAUGGGAGAGGAUGUGUCAGCACAGACCUUAGGAAUCAUGCCUUGUGCCAUUUCUUGGCUUUUUCGUCUCAUCGAUGAACAGAAAGACAAAACAGGGGCAAGAUUUUCUGUAAGGGUAUCAGCUAUAGAAGUUUCUGGAAAAAAUGAACAAUUGAAAGAUCUUCUGGCAGAAGUUGCAAAAUAUACUGAAGCAGGUGUAGGAACAGCCCCUGGUGUGUAUCUGAGAGAAGACCCAAUCUGUGGAACUCAGCUAGAGAACCAGAGUGAGCUCAGGGCGCCCUCUGCUGAUAGAGCCGCUUACUACCUGGAUGCUGCUCUGGCUUCUAGAGCACAAGAAGAAGAAGAGCUGAGAUCAUCUCACAUCGUGUUCACCCUUCAUGUUUAUCAGUAUAGGAUAGAGAAGGCAAAUCAAGCAGGUCUUCCAGGAGUGGCGGGAGGAAGAAGCAGACUUCAUCUAAUUGACCUUGGAAGUUCCUCAAAGUCUAAAGAUCCUGACAAUGUAUCACUUAGUCUUUCUGCACUGGGAAAUGUUAUCAUGGCUCUUCUUAAUGGUCAAAGACAUGUCCCUCACAGAGAUAGCAAAGUGGCCCAGCUGUUGAGGGAUUCUCUUGGAGGAAUUUCUUGCCGUACGUGUAUGCUUGUUCAUGUCUCUUCUUCUGUUAGUCACCACAACGAGACCCUGCAAGUAAUUCAGUUGGCAGCAAGGAUCCACAGAAUGAGAAGGAGAAAAACAAAGUUUUCAAGUACCAGCUCUGAUGACAGUUCAACAGAUGAUGGAAGACUUAGGAGACCUUUCAAAGGCUGCAGAAUGGGAACCCUUAGAGAAGAUAUGUUGUACAAUUCUUCUCAUUCAGACCCUGACUAUUAUACCUCUAGCAGUGAACAAUCAUGUGAUACUGUUAUAUAUGUUGGUGCUAAUGGGCAGUCUCUCAGUGACCGUGAAAUCACAGACAAUGAAGGACCACCAAGGUCUGUUCCAAGGACAAAUCCAAGAUUACCUAGACGACCAAGUGGGUCAAGGUCAUCUGGAGAUGAGGGAUCCAAUUCAGACAGUGGACGUAGUCGUGCAUCUUCAGAUUUCAAAUACGGAAGAGCUGCUAUGAUUCACAAUGAGAAUUUUAAUGUGAAUAGGACUCUUUCUCCAAGGUUCCAGCCACAGCCUGUUAAACCACCAUCAGCUGUUAGGGAUGUCAGUGUUGUGUCCUCUCGUGCAAAGUCACCACCGAUGUCACCAAGUGUUGGACAAAGUCAACAUCCUCUCAAAACUCCAGCACGUUCAAGAUCACAAGAUUCACCUCAAAGACUAACAGUGAAAGGGCCUUCAUCAGAGCAGCUAAAAGGAGAGCAGUGGAUUGAUGGGCCAGGUGUAUAUUCAAAGAGCAAAUUAAUGGAGGAGCAAUGGAUUGAUGGACCACAGGCUUUUGUUAAACAAGAACUUGUCAAUACCUUGGACCCUGCAAACAAACAUCUAUUCAAUCCCAAAAUGAAUGCUGAAGAGCAAUGGGUGGAUGGACCCAUUGAAAUGAUAGCUGGAUCUCAACAGCAAAACAAAGAGGGAAAAGCAACCAAUGCAAAGUUAUCUGUGCACACUAGCUGUAAAGUUGAAAAACAAUCAAAACACAAGUCCAAACCAAUGCUUGAUAUAAAAGAACGUCCAGAGAGUACUUUCAGUGAGGAAAGCAACUCGUCAGUGGCUGUGCAAGGCCCAGAUUCAAGGCCAGUAAGUUUGCAUGAAUCUGAGGGAAAAACUGAUGCUAACCAGCAAAAUGUGAAGCCUUUUGUAAGAGACUGGGUUCAGAAACAUAGUACAAUUGUUGACAGUAAAAAUGCUCCAAAGAGAGAGGAUCGGUCUGAUAUCAUGGAGUCCCAGUGUAAAUAUAAGAAGGCAAAGGCAGAGUCUCAUCGUAAACUGAGUGCUUCAACACCAAAACAGUCACCGAUGAAUUCACCAUCAGUUCCAAGAAAAACUAAAUGUGACUCACAAGCUGUUGGGAAAUUGCAAAAGUCACAUUUACCAACACCAUCCAAUCCUACCAAACGAGUCAAAGAUUGGAUACAGUCUGUGUCGAUAGAACAAACCCAAUCAAAUUGUGACAAUUUUGUGUCAGUUAGUGAUUUUAGUUGUGAACUUAAUGUGAGGGCAUCUGAAUUGAAUACUUCUCAGGAUAUGUCUUCAUGUAGUAGCAUUCAGUUAGAAACUACUAUGGAAGUAGAUUCUCAGUGUGAAACAACCAUGAACACAGCUCCCUGUAGCAGUGAUGGUCGACCAGAUGAAAUGGCUGAGUGCAAUAUUGGCGACAUUAGUUUUGAUAGCAGUGUGGACGCUUGUGACACCAGCAACUCACUUAACAGGGAAUCUAUUUACGAAAUGCAGAUGGAUGCACAAUUAGAAAAGAGUGACUUGAAAAAUAUUGAUAUCCCAGACAAUGAUACAUUCAGUAGUGUAAGCAAAGAUGAGGACUCAGAUUGUGAAAAUGAACCUCUCCUUGCAAAAGAUUUUAGCUUUCCUCAUUCUUUGACCGUUGAGAGUUUGAAAACACUUGUUGCAGAACCAGUUGGUGCAGAUCAGCAGAAAUCAAACCAGGAUCAAUCUUAUGAAGACUGUGAGAUUGAUAAAAAAAUCAAAGAAAAUUUAUUCAUUUAUGACAAAGCUAAACCAAUAUCUUCUUUACAUCGUACACCUGAUGGUGCUUCAAAUCCAAAUUUAGUCAAUGAACUUGAUUAUGAAGAAAAAAUUGACUUGAAAUUCAUGAGAGGAGAAUACAUCAUUAACCAUGUGCAGCAGAUUUCUAGUCAGAAUAUGGAUAUUUACCAGAAAGCUACCUCAUUUGUAAAGUAUGAGGAACCUGAUGGUAGAAAAUCAAAGUCAAAACCACCGCUUCCUAAACUAUCUUGUAAAUCUCACAGUGCUAGCCCAUCGCGCUGUAAGGAUCUGAGUCUCAGCCCAAAAUCUUCUGGCUCAUAUACAAGUAAAACAUCCUCACCAGUUGGCCAUGUCAGUCGUUCAAAAGAAAAGUCUCGUCAGACUUCAACAUCUUCAGUGUCCUCGCAGUCAUCUCUUCCAUUCACCACCAGUCCAUCCUCAAAAUCUUCAAAAUCUCCAUCUCCCAGUAAACUUCCCAUCUUUUCCAGUAAAACAUCUCGUAAAAAAGACAAGGAAAAUAAAGUUGGCAAUGGUCGUGUGGUUGAACUGAACACAUCCAGUAGAGGAACAGACUCUGACAGUGGUAAUGACAGUGGAAUUGUUGCACAUGAAAAGAAAUUGCUUUCUCCGUAUAACACAGUGACAAAACCACGCACUCCUAGCCAUUCCAGCAGUGGGCAUGGCAGUGACAACAGUAGCACUGUUAGUGCUGAUCUGAGGUCACAGCUGGGAAUCAAAGACAAACUUCAUGGUGGGACCAGCAGUGGAUAUGAGAGCAUGUUGAGAGACAGUGAAGAGGCAUCAGCAACAUCUUCUGGACAGGAAGAGAGCAACAGCGAGGCCCCCAGUGAUAAAAAAAAGGGAUCUAAAAAAAAGAAGUCAAGCACCAAACGGAGUCGCUCUGCCCCAGCUAGAUCAGGGGAAAGUCCUGAUGGUAAAGGGUCAGUAAUUUCAAGUCCCUCAUCAAAGGCUUGGGUUGACACACGGCAGAUUCAGAGAAUCAAGGAGGAGCCAUUUGAAAUAAAAUUAUAUGAUAUGGAUGACGUGGAGCGACUUGCUAGGAGACGAAAUGAAGAAGAGGAAAAUGAUCAAAAAAAGGAAAGGGUGUUGAAGCAAGGCAAACCACUGGAACUCAUCGACCAUAAAGAUCAGAUUGUGAUGGAGAACCGUAAUUGGAGAUUUGACUGUCGUUUUUUCAUGUGUUUUUGCCGUAAUAAACAGAAACAGACAGACUUGUAAUUUGUCCAACUUGCCAAUAAAAUAAUUAUGAACUUUGGCUGCCAAAUUUUUAAAGUGCAUUAAGUAAAGAGUUUGCAGGAUUUGAUUAUGUGUGCAUUUGUUUUUGUUCUGAUUUAUAUCAUUAUGCAUUGUACAUAUUGUAUAUAAACUUUAUUUAUAUAUACAGAUUGCAUGUAUAUUUACAUGCAUUUAAACUGUAAAAGAUUUUGUACAUUUUUAUUAUUUAUGUUAUGUAUGCAGUAAAUAUGCAGUUUCCCUUUGCAAUAGUGGUUAUGCAUGGUAGACUUUGGGAAUUAUGACAUCUAUGUACUUAUAUAUAAUUGUAAUGUGGUAUUAAUAAAUAUAUUUGUACCAUUUCAAAAAAA